CACUUCAACCCUGGUGUAUUCGUUAGCGCGGAACUUAGGUCCGGGUAUCACACCUCAUCUUCUUCCAUCUUAAUUUUCUUUUAUGCGUUCUUUCUUUUUUCUUCGUUCUUCUUUCUCUUCCUCUUCUUCAUUAUCUUUCUCUUUAUCUUUCCUCUUCUCUUGCUUUAUCGUAAUCUUUACCUUGUUUUUUUCUCUCCCUUGUUUUCGUCUGUUCCUUGAUCGCAUCUACGUAGUUCAUUUUGAGUGCCCUGCCCUGAGCCACGCUAACGAACAUACCAGGGCUGGAUUGUACAAGCACCAGACAUUGACCUCAUUGCACUGACAAGGCAGAUCCGAGCGCUCAAGUUACUUGAAUCCGGAGGCCCUCAAGAUUGUGUCUCUUUUAGAGGGGAUGAAAGCCUGGCAUCAGAAGUUUAGAAACAACUUCCAGACUACC